GUAUUUGCCUACAACGUUAGAGACUUCAAACUUGAAAACGUCACACUCCUUGGCCACCAUUCUUUUUUAUGUGGUGCUUCUGAUUCCCCUUCACGCCCAUUGGCUCUUCCAAAACACACUUAUCCCUUUCCAUCCACCAAACCAAUACUCCCAAAUCUCACAAACACCACCUCCAUUGGCCCUAUCACGCUACGCCGUCGUUUAGCACCUCCUUCUCCACCCUUCGUCUCUCAAUCCACACACCCUCUUAUCGUUUUUGUCCUUCUCUCCCUCUCGUUUUUCGCCAAAUUUGUCUUCUUUUUGCACCUUCUCCCUGAUUUUUCCUCGCCUCAAAUAAUAUUCUGCGGCUCCUUCCCCCCCCCUUUAACUUUUCUGAGGAGCUGAACAGAUUUUGGGGGUUCCUUUCUUCUUCUUUCAUUAUUAUUAUUCAUACCCUCCUAGUUAUGUUUUUUUCACAGUCUUUCUACGAUUUGUUUGAGAACCCUGCAAUAUUGGGUUUGUGCUCAGUUAUUGGAAUGUUUUUUAGUCCUCUGUGGGUAACAUUUUUCUUCGGUGUCAUCGUUGGAUGGUUGUGGAAACCGAAAUGGGCGAGGUUGGGGAAAGAAAAAUUGACGACUUCCCUCGCCAAGUCCUUAGAUUUUGCCUCACCCUCCUCGGCUUCUUCACCAUUAAAGUCUGCUCUAGUUUCUCCUAUGAAGAGUUGUUCUUCGUCUCCUUGCCUUAAUUCCAUUAAAAUGCUACCUCCAAACCUAGAAUCUUUGCUCCUCAAAAAAGGGGUGGAUAAAAAGGCUUCCUCAUCAUCCUCUCCCGUGAAAUUUGCAAGUUCCGUCAGUUCACCCAAAUCCUGCGAGGAAACUUCUGAUGCUGUGACAAUAGCGGAUUUACAUCAUCUAUGGCAGCUUGUGGAGGAGAAAGAUGGAGGUCUCCCUUGGAUUCAGAUGAUGGAUCGUUCUACCCCUACCAUGAGUUACAAAGCAUGGCGUAGAGAACCAAAGGAUGGUCCUCCCCAAUAUAGAAGCAGCACUAUUUUUGAAGAUGCUACCCCUGAGAUGGUGAGGGACUUGUUUUGGGAUGACGAGUUCCGACCGAGAUGGGAUGACAUGCUUGCAAGCUCUUCAAUCAUUGAAGAGUGUCCCACUACUGGUACUAUGAAAGUGCAGUGGAUACGGAAGUUUCCCUUUUUCUGUAAAGAUAGAGAAUACAUAAUUGGUCGGAGAAUAUGGGAAUCUGGAAGGCAUUACUAUUGUGUGACCAAGGGAGUAAAUUGUCCUUCAAUGCCUAGAAAAGAUAAACCUAGACGCGUUGAUGUGUACUACUCUAGUUGGUGCAUUAGAGCAGUGGAAUCAAAUAGAGGUAAUGGCCAGUUAACUGCCUGUGAAGUCUUGCUCUUCCAUCAUGAAGAAAUGGGCAUUCCAUGGGAGAUUGCAAAGCUUGGAGUAAGGAAAGGAAUGUGGGGAACUGUUCAGAAGAUUGAACCCGGUUUGCGAGCUUAUCAAGAAGCAAGAGCUUCUGGUGCUGCACUCUCUCAUUCAGCCUUUAUGGCCCAAGUCAACACAAAAAUAGGCCCUGAGUACUUGCAAUCGAUCGGGGGCGAUGACAAUUCAGCAGAGAAUGAAAGUGUGGUUGCUUCAGAGAAACCACAGGGCGUGAACAUACCCAAGAUGCUAGUCAUUGGUGGUGCUGUUGCUCUUGCUUGUAGUCUUGAUAGGGGACUGGUGACAAAGUAUCUUCUAUUUGGUGUUGCUAGAAGAUUUGCCAAUAUAGGUAAAAGAUAGUUAAAAAUAGAGGUGGAAGCAGCAUUUUCUUGAAUGCCAUUCUUUUGGACGAUCCACAUUACCCUUUGUUGUAGUCGCGUUAUUAUUACCUGAUGAAAAUUUAGAGGCUCUAUUGUGGACGAAAUAAGUUAUCAAUUCAACAAUAAACCAAUGGAAAUGAGAAAAUCCCGGGUUGGUGGAGGGAGUAGGUGACGAUUUUUUUUUUCUUGGACCAUUGUAGUUGUUGGUCAGAGACUAUAGAAUUUCAAGCUGUGUAUGGUUGUAUAAACUCAGUAGCAAUUAAAAAAGGAAUACAACAAAAAAGUAUUUUAGUUACGCGUUUA